AUGGCUGAAACUACAACACUGCCUGAUAAUACCUCGGAUUUCGGUGAUUAUGUGAGCAAUGAAGAUGAGCAGCUUGACCUCGAAGAGCUUGUAGAGCCCUGGCAUAAGUACGAUAUAACGGAAACAUCGAAUGUCUUUUAUCCCAUUGAUCUUGGAGAAUUGCUCAACGAGAGAUAUCUGGUCGAGCAUAAACUCGGCUUUGGUGGUGGCUCUACUGUCUGGAUGGCCCAUGACCUUCACGAUAAGAGGGGCGUGGCCCUCAAAGGGACUGGGGGGGGAAACGAAUACCGCAUGCAGGAUGAAAUCCUCCAGAAUGUACAAGAUACCUCUCAUUUAGCGAUGUAUCUAGAGACUUUCAUCCUCCCUAGGAGCGAACAUAGGGUUCUCGUGUUUCCUUUAAUGGGGCCAUGCAUUUCUCCUAUUGACUUGGAACAAACCUCUAUGGCUAGUCGCAUGUCAGCUGCUCGGCAAUUGCUAGAAGCCCUGGAAAAUUUACACAAAGCAGGAAUCGUACACCGUGAUAUAAAUGAGAGAAACUGUAUGUGGGGAAUGAUUCCUCUCCACAAUCUUAAUAGGAGUGCGAAGUACAAGGCACUUGGUCGGCCACUAAAGCAAAAUAUACCAUUUGUUAACCUCGGGAAGAAGGGGGAGCUUGUUCAGCCAAUCAAGGUCCCCAAGAAUUUACGCACAGAGGAAUUCUUUCUCGGUGACUUUGGCCUAGCGAAAAAGCUUAGCGAUAGCAUAACUCAACGAGGCUACCCCCCUUCGCAAUAUUGCUCCCCAGAACGUCUUCAUGGAAAGGAUUCAAGUCUUGCCUGCGAUAUGUGGAGCUAUAUGGUUGUAUUUACUGUGCUCUGCCUUGGCUUUCCACCUUUUCCUACUUGGCUCGAGGGGGAGUAA